AGAAGGAAGGGCGCGUAGAGCGUGUGUAGGAGAGCAGGGAGGAAGGGGCCCGGUGGGGAGCGGGUCCUUCCCCCUCCGAGCUGAGCCGCAUUGAGAUUGGAGGCACAAUCGGACAGAGAAAGGCUGUUUUAUAACUGGGAUCCUCGGUGACGUAUGGCUGCCUGCUCCUUGGCAGCUGUCUUUAUGGACCAGUAGGCAGAGGGGAAUUGACGCUGACGAGACUUUUGCAUCUUGGAAGGGACUGUAAUCUACUGUAGUGAAGAACAGAACCUCUCAAUCACACGAGUGUAAAUAAGAGACGGAGGGGAGUCCAAAGAAAAGGAAGAGGAGGGGAAAAGUGUGUGUUGGGGGGAGCGGGGAAAAGCAUUUUUGGUGGAUGGUAUGAAGCCAGCCAUGGAAACUGCAGCCGAGGAAAAUACUGAACAAAGCCAAGAGAGAAAAGUGAACAGCAGAGCUGAAAUGGAAAUUGGCAGGUACCACUGGAUGUACCCAGGCUCAAAGAACCACCAGUACCAUCCCGUGCCAACCCUGGGGGACAGGGCUAGCCCCUUGAGCAGUCCAGGCUGCUUCGAAUGCUGCAUCAAGUGUCUGGGAGGAGUCCCCUAUGCCUCUCUGGUGGCCACCAUCCUCUGCUUCUCUGGGGUCGCCUUGUUCUGUGGCUGUGGACACGUGGCUCUCGCGGGCACCGUGGCGAUCCUUGAGCAACACUUCUCCACCAACACCAGUGACCACGCCCUGCUGAGUGAGGUAAUCCAGCUGAUGCAGUAUGUCAUCUACGGAAUCGCGUCCUUCUUCUUCUUGUACGGGAUCAUCCUGCUGGCGGAGGGCUUUUACACCACGAGCGCCGUGAAGGAGCUGCACGGGGAGUUUAAAACCACCGCCUGCGGCCGGUGCAUCAGCGGAAUGUUUGUCUUCCUCACCUAUGUGCUGGGAGUGGCCUGGCUCGGCGUGUUUGGUUUCUCCGCAGUGCCCGUGUUUAUGUUCUACAACAUAUGGUCAACCUGUGAAGUCAUCAAGUCGCCCCAGACCAACGGGACCACCGGCGUGGAGCAGAUCUGCGUGGAUAUCCGACAAUACGGUAUCAUUCCUUGGAAUGCCCUCCCAGGAAAAAUAUGCGGCUCCGCCCUUGAGAACAUCUGCAACACAAAUGAGUUCUACAUGUCCUAUCACCUGUUCAUUGUGGCCUGUGCCGGAGCUGGCGCCACCGUCAUUGCCCUGAUCCACUUCCUCAUGAUACUGUCUUCUAACUGGGCUUACUUAAAGGAUGCAAGCAAAAUGCAGGCUUACCAGGAUAUCAAAGCAAAGGAAGAACAGGAACUGCAAGAUAUCCAGUCCCGGUCAAAAGAACAACUCAAUUCUUACACAUAAAUGUUUGCCCGAGUGCUUCGGCCGACGAAUUGACAGCUCUGACAAAUCAUCAGACAGCUGCCCUGCAGUACAGAUGUGUUUCCCAUCAGACAAACUCAUGUAGAACUACAAACACUUCACUGUCUGUCUCAAGCUGCUGGGAUGUAUUUCUAGGAAAACCUUCCAGUAGGUAAAUCUUUUUCUUUAGAACAGGUAUUGGAGGUUUCAUGUUAGCCAUUUUAAAAGGCAACACUUUGACAAAACGAUUGUUCACCCUUUGGAAAUUUGUGGCAUGCUCGCGGUUACUGCCGGAGCAAUCCUACGAGGACAGGCAUUGAGAAUGCGGCGUGCUCCCUCCCCGUGAUGUGCCGGCAUCAGGGGAUGAGGCCGUGAAGCCGCGUAUGCUCUCUGUCCUCCAAAGCAUCUAAUAGGGGAUAAAAUGGAAUCGGUGUGAAGUUCCACUUCCGACAGCUGACAGUUAUUAAACUGUGGCUCAUCAAAGAUAACAGAAUUCUUACAGCUGACUAGGACACAAUAAUUUCAUGAUCCAAUCGGAAAUCUUUUUUCAAUAAUGCGAAAAUGUGCUACUAUAAAUUCUGCUAUACCUACCACUGAAGAAGCUGAAUUGUGACUCAUUGACAAGCUUUCCAGAGUCAAUUUUAUACAAGAUCUUAUUUUAAUAAAAUGACCCACUUGUCAUCACUCUUCUUGGGAGAAUAAAUAUCAGCUCUGCCUUAAUGAGUAUUUGCUGUAAAUUUCUAAGCACUUGUAUCACAAUGGGAGACCCAAAAUCCUCCAUAGAAUUUUUUCCACAAAUGUUUUUCUUAGUGAAGAAGUGUUACCUUAUUAAAAUGACCACCAUUCUAAACCAUUUUUAUGUGGUCUCAAAAGUGAGUUUACAGUUUCAUACCAACUAUCUAAAACCUAAUUACAAACAGACCACAGACCUCCUACUUUUAUAGACUUGAAUACUUCAGUAAUUUAAAUUAGCAUUGGUAUUUAUUUCACGUUUUCUUAUCUAAAUCUUAGUUUUCUGGAAUAAUCAAGUUCAAUGUUCAGCAAAAAAAAAAAAACCAACAAAAAACAAAAAAAAAACCACACAACUGCUUGAGUUUAAGCCAUUUUCAAACGAAACUUGCCUUCUAAAUCGUGUUCCAGAACAUUAAGUGACUAUAGGUAUUGGGUAUUAGUGAUGGUAGGCUUUGUGUUGUUCUUUAUGAAAUGAUACAUAUAACUGUUGGGUGCAUCAGUGCUUUUUAAAAGGGGCUGCAUAAUAUAGGGUUAACUAUGUAUAUUCAUGUUAGGAAUUAACUUGUGGUUUGGCUGUUUCCUGGAUUUUAAAACAUAUACAUGUACGGAAAUGUAUUAAAAUGAAAGGAAGCAUACCUUUAUCAAUACGCUAUUAAAACUGAACAUCAAGUACAUUUCAUUUCGAUUCCUUGUGUUGUUGUUGUUAAUGCCUAAAAAUGCCUAAUUGGACCUUGACUAUUUUUUUUGAAUUGGGAGAAGCUCUCUUCUGUGUAGAACAGUCGUUCCAGAAUAGCUUGGUGAUUUGUUCUCCUGUGGCAUGACAGACUUUAAUGUUUUUUCCAGCAGUGCAGGUGCUGUUCAAGUCCAGUGUUCUAGAAGAAGCAGUGUCUAAAGGCUAAUUUUACUUUUCUAAUUCUGGUAGCUAUUACCAAGAAUUUUUGAAAGUUUUGUUUAAGUAGUCUAAUAUUUUUUAUGUAAAGAGCAUUAAAUUUUGCUAUGUAUAAAUUUUUGUAACCUAACAGUGAAUCAAUAUUUUCUAUCAGUGCCAAGGGCUUCCUGUAGUUCUAUUCAAGUGUUACAAUAAAUAUUUGUAGAUAAUAGUCAA